AUGAAGCUCUUAAUAUUUUUCCUUGUGUCAUCCCUCGUGCCUUCGGCUAUUCCAAGCUCUCUCGGCUACGGGCGUUCAAGUGGUUCACGGCAAAGAAUAACUGCAGCACAAGGAUCUUUAUUAGGACAAGGAAUAUCUGCUGGCAGAGCCGUGUCCACUGGCGGUCAGACAGCACAGAGACUCUUACCUAGUCAGGUUGGAGCUACACGACAGAGGGCGUCAGUAAACACAGCCUUGGCCGCAGGCAGAGGAACUGGCAGAGGCCAAGGUUUGUCUUUGGGGUCAGGCUCUGUGUUUCCCAGUAACGUUCCGACGGCCCCCUUGCCGCGAUGUGUGGAAGGCGAGGUGAGAAAUAUAGAUGGCAGUUGUGUUAUCCCCGAGGUGACCCGUUCAGUCUUUGUUUACGAACCUCCUGCGCACCUACAGUUGUCCCCAGGUCCACCUCCGGACAUUCCUCUACCUAGGAUUGAACGGAAUGUCGUGUUUGUUCGGUUACCUGAAGGUGGAGGAGCUCCAGAACCAAUCAUUAUUCCUCCUCCAGCACAGAACAAUGUUAUCUACGUCCUCAACAAACAAACUGGAGGCGGACAAGCGCCAAGAGUAAUCGAAGUACCAGCUCCACCAUCCACUAGUCCCGAAGUAAUUUUCGUUAAUUAUGAGGACGGUGAAAACCCAAUUCUUCCGGGAGGAUUUGAUCUUCAGACUGCACUCAGUGCAGCCAUUGCAUCAGGCGGUCAAGUUAUUAAUGGCGCUGGAGGUGUUGGCGGGUUUGGAGGCAGCAGUGGCCUCGGAGUAAGUGGUGGUUUGUCUGGCGGCAGUGGCGGAUUUGUAGGCAGCAGUGGAUUUGGAGUCAGUAGUGGUUCAUUAGGCGGCAGUGGCGGAUUUGGAGGCAGCAUUGGGUUUGGAAGUAGUGGUGGUUUUGGAGGCAGUGGUGGAUUUGCAAGCAGUAGUGGCUUUGGAAGUAGUAGUCUUGGGGGUAUUGGCGGCCUUGGAGGAGGUAUAGGUUUUACAGGGACAGCAAAUGAAGGAAUCCCCGACAGUUAUGCCAGCUAUGCAAGCAGUAGUAAUAAUAUUGAAGUUGAACUGACAAAUGAUGUUGGCACAGGAAAUGCGGGAGAUGUUAGUUCUUUUGCAGAUUCAAAUGUAGGGACUGGAGUCGUUGAAAAUGAAAGCAAAGAAUCCGGAGUUUUACUGGUAUCAAGAAUGACUCCAGUGAUUACUGAUGCUGGUGAUAGUCUUGAAUCCCUUACUGGGGCUACGAUAGCCUUGUCGAGCAGCUACAAUACUCCCUAAUGUGAUUAGAAGCCUGACUAGUCUAGUCAUCUGUUAUUUUGUUAAUGAUAACGGUUAUCUUUCGUUAAUGAUGGCUGUUUAUCUUCUGUUAUUGAUGACUCCUCAUCUUUUGUCAAUUAUUGUUAAUAGUUUGUUAAUAACUGUAUUUUAUAUUUUGUAAUAAAUGUCCAUAAAAUGAAUAAAAUAUAAAAUGAUAA